GGAAAAGGAAGGAGACGAGUGGUUAAGUAAUUAUUGGCUUCUGGGUUCACCAAAAAAGAAAAAAAAAAAAAACAUCAAUAGGGAAAACCCAGGUGAGCUGCUACUCUUCCAUGGCUUCUCUUCUCAGUGUACCACCCACUGCUCCUCUGCGACACAAGGUGAAUCGUGUGGGCGUCAUCAUACCACACAAAAGUUACCAGACUAGUGUGAGGAAUGGGAGAUUGCAUGGGCUUAGUUUGGUGACAAAAGCUAAGAUGGCUGUUGAAGGAGACGUACUCGAGCAAGAGUCAGUUGGUGCCAAUGAUAAAAGUGAUUAUGGAGUUGUGAGUGUUCACCAUGUUGGAAUUCUCUGUGAAAACCUUGAAAGGUCGCUUGAGUUCUAUCAGAAUCUUCUGGGUCUGGAAAUAAAUGAGGCCAGGCCAGAUGAUAAGCUCCCUUACAGAGGUGCUUGGUUGUGGGUGGGUUCUGAGAUGAUUCAUCUGAUGGAGCUACCCAAUCCUGACCCCUUAACCGGACGAGCUGAACAUGGCGGCCGAGAUCGUCAUACUUGUAUUGCAAUUAGGGAUGUUUCUAAGCUGAAAGCAAUCCUUGAUAAAGCUGGUAUUACCUACACACUUAGCCGUUCUGGGAGGCCAGCAAUCUUUACACGAGAUCCAGAUGCAAAUGCUCUAGAAUUUACCCAAGUGGAAUGACUGAAAUAUUUAAACAGAUGCAGCAGGAGCUUGUAAUAUCAGCCAAAACUACAUGUACAGAUAAUUGAAUAACUUAAAUAAAUGUAACCUACAAUGGUUUUGUAAGCCAUUGGUGUUGAAAUUGCUAUA